CACAACCACGUCUUCAACCACGUCGCCAUCUCCGUCGCCAACUGCGACGAAGCUGUAGAAUGGUACAGCAAAGUCUUCGGCUUCCGACGAAUCCGCAACGACCGCACAACCACCCGCACCGAGACCCCCUCGGGCCCCAUCUUCAAGAUCUACGGCGGCAGCCUCCACGCCGUGAAAACCGCCUGGCUGGGCACCGGCAACAGCGUCGGGUUCGAGGUCUUCGAGUUCAUCGAUCCGCCGCACGAGCCCGCGCCGCACUUCCAGUAUAACCGCGCGGGCUUCUUCCAUAUCGCGGUGACAGCGCCGGAUCCGGAUGAGACGUGUGCGCGGGCGGUGAGGGAGGGGGGCAAGCAGGUUGGGGAGACGAUCAAGAUGGGGGCGGAGAAGGCGCUGUAUUUGGGUGAUCCGUGGGGGAAUGUGGUGGAGGUGUUGAGUUGUAGUUUUGAGCAUUUGAUGGCGAAUGUGGGAUAG